UAAAAAACCUUCAGUCAAGGCGUCUGCUGGCCGUGGUCCUGACCAAGCCUCCAGCCAGCGCUCAUCUUUCCUGAACUGCUGCUGGCCGGCUCGUGGCGCUCCAGGAACAGAUCCUGCAGAAUCUGAAUGUGUGGUUGAAUCUAAAACAGCAUCUAAGACCAGCGCUCCUGUCGGCGAAAAUCCUAUCAAGAAAAAAAAGAAGCUCCCUAAGGAACAGGAGGAGUGCUGGAGCUCCAUGUGUCCCCCGGGGGACAAGGACGCCGAAACCAAGCUUUGGCUGAAGCAGUCAUUGGAAGGUCUGAGCAACAAGGAGCUGAAAUUAUUCCACCGCUGCCUGCGGACCGCAGACAAGUCCAAGGAUGGCUUCAAACCCAUCAAGAAGAUCCGUCUGGAGGGGGCAGACACACUGGACACAGUGGACCUGAUGCUACAGAUGUACCCUAAAAAGAUCAGACCAGUCACUGAGACCAUUCUGGAGAAAAUCAACAAAAACAAAGGAAAUGACGCCCAUAACUGGCUGCUGGACACUUUGGACAAUCUGGACGACAGGGAGCUACAGUUCUUUCACUGGUUCCUCCAAACGGCGGACGAGUCGGAGGACAAGUUCCCCCCAAUCAAAAAGAAGGAGCUGAAGGAUGCAGACCGGCUGGACACAGCAGACCUGAUGGUGCAGGUCUACGCCACCAACACCAAAGAGGUCACAAAGACCAUCCUGAAGAAGAUUAAGAGCAACAAAGGCAAAGCCAUUCCAGAGGCUGAGGAGCAGAUGAAACCACCAUCCCCAGCUGCUGCAGAAGAGAAGGAGCUGGCCGUGGUGCUGGGUGAGUUUGUGAAGAAAGCCCCAAAGGAAACCCUGAGCCAGCUCUCCGAGGCGUUGGUAGCUGACGGCGUGCUGAAGUCCUCUGAGAAGGAAAAGAUACUUGGGAAGAACCACACCACAGUCAACAGAGCGAGCGGCCUCGCCGACACAGUGAUGGAGAAAGGAGCCGGCGCCUGCAAGAAGAUGAUUCAUCACCUUCAAACUAUUGACGCUCCACUCUCGUCCAAGCUGGGAUUAACCGCCGGUCCGUUUGCUCAGCAAGAUGGCAGCUCAUCAGAACCCAAACAGGAAGCAGCGACUGAGGGAGGAAUUAAUGGUCUUAAACGUCUUCUUAAAAGCGGUGUCGCUCCUUUAAAGGGAUCCUCUGCUAAUCUAAAAGCUGAAGAGAGCAAAGAGGAAAGCUGGCGCCAGAUCUGCCCAGAGGGCGACAGUGAUGCAGACUUAAAACAAUGGCUCAAAGAUUUUCUAGAGGAUCUGGACAGCAGAGAGAUGAAGUACUUCCACUGGUACCUGCACACUGCAGACAAGUCCAAGGAUGGCUUCAAACCCAUCAAGAAGUCUCGCCUGGAGCAUGCAGACAGACUGGACACGGUGGACCUGAUGGUUCAGAUGUACACAACAAACGCCAGAGAAGUAGCAGAGAAGAUAUUCAAGAAGAUCAGUAAAUAUAAAGGACAUAACUUUAAAGAUUGGCUUCUGGACAUUUUUGAAGAGAUAGAUGACAGGGAGCUCAAGUACUUCCACUGGUUCCUGCAAACCGCAGACAGUUCCAAGGACGGCUUCAAGCCCAUCAAAAAGUCUCGUCUGGAAGUUGCAGACAGACUGGACACGGUGGAGCUGAUGGGCCAGAUGUAUGGCUCCAAAGCCAAGGAGGUGACAAAGAAGAUCCUAGCAAAGAUAGAGAUCAAUAAAGACAACAUCAUCCCUGAAGCUGAAGAACCGGAUACAUCGCUGUCUACAGCCGCUGCAGAAGAGAAAGUUCUUAGCAGGAUGCUCAGUGAUUUUGUAGAGAAAGUACCUAAAGAAACCUUCAACCAACUCAUGACGACUCUCAUGGCUGCCAACACUCUGAAGUCUACAGAGACGGAGAAAAUCCUUCAGAACCACACCAAAGUCAAUAUGGCCAGCUGCUUUGUGGACAUUGUGAUGGAUAAAGGAACUGAUGCCUCCAAGGAGGUGAUCACCCAUCUGCAGACCAUCAAUCCAAAGCUGACCUCGGAGCUCAGCUUACCUUCUCCAGAUAACAAGCCCAAGAAGCAUCUGUUUGCUGGUAUAAGGUUGAAGAGGUUGCUGUCUGAGGAGGGGGAGGAACGCUGGCGCCAGAUAUGUCCUCCAUGGGAUAAGGACGCUGAGCUGAAGCACUGGUUAAAGGACUCUCUGGAAAAUUUACGCAACAAGGAGGUGAAGUACUUCCGCUGGUACCUGCGGACUGCAGACGAGUCCAAAGAUGGCUUUAAGUCCAUCAGAAGGUGCCGCCUGAAGCAUGCUGACAGGCUGGACCUGCUGGACCUGCUGCUGCAGAUGUACCCUGCAAACACCAGGGAGGUGACAGAGAAGAUACUGGAGAAGAUCAGCAACAAUAUAGCACAGCACUGGAUUCUGGACUUUUUCGAAGAGUUGGGCGACAAAGAGCUGAAGUACUGCCAGAUGUUACUGCAGAGCACCGACAAGCUAAAGGGCGGCAUCAAAUCCAUCAAAAGGGUUCCAGCAGAGGAUGGGGAGAAGGUGGAUGCAGCAGAUGUGGUGAUGAGGAUGUACAACUCAGACAGCAGGGAGGAGGUGGAGAAGGUUCUGAAUGAGCUGAAGGAGAGCACAGAUGCAGCUUUAGCUGAAGACGAGCAGCAGAGCAAUCCAUCUUCUCCAACGUCUGGAGGAGCUGCAGAAAAGGGAGCCAAGAACAUGCUCCUGGACUUCAUAAAAAAGGUGUCCAGUGAAACCCUGGAGCAGCUCCUGGAGGUCCUGGUAAAAGAUAAAGUCUUGACGGCAGCAGACAGGAAAUCUAUCCUGGAGAAAAACCACACCAGAGUGAACAAGGCCAGCUGCCUGGUGGAGAUGGUUUACGAGAGCGGAGCAGAGGACUGCCAGAAGGUGAUCCGCCAUCUUCAGAGCAUUGAUCCAGCUCUGUACACGGACCUGAAGAUCUCACAACAAGCACUGUUCCAACGUCUUCGCUCCAGGCUGAAGGAGGACGGGAAACCAAAGGAGGAUGGAAAAGAUGAAGAGGACGAGGAGGAUUAAGGAGGAGCGGAGGAAGAGAGAGCAAAUCAGAAGUAGAGACUGAUUACAAACCAACCAUCAGUGACAUCAUCGCUUCCCUCAGCUUCUCUUCUUCAGAUCCUGAGGAUCACAAACACGUCAUUCCUGGACCAAUACUGGGUGAAAAUCAUCCACUAAAGCAGAAACCAAUAAUAAAGAAGCCGUUUCUCUGCAGGGUGGUCCUAAUCUCAGUUAAUGCUAGUUAAUUUCCACUAAUCCCAGUUAAUCCCUUAUCUCUCUAUCUUAGAAUAAGCUCUAUUAUCAGCAGGACCUUACUCAGUUCAG